ACUCAGAUAAGAGAAGGAAGAAAGAGAGAGACAUAAUAAAAGGGAUCCCCAAUUAAUACUCAUCAAUGAGCCUUCCUCUGCUAACCUGAAUUUUCCCAAGUUUCAUUUCCUCUCCCCACACAAAAAAAAACUGAAAACACCCACAGAACACAAUCUCCUCAUUUUCCCAGAAAACCUCAGGAAACAAUCCAAAACCAGUCUCCCAAGUUUCAAUCUUCUGUCUGUCUUUUUUUUUUUUUUUUUUUUUGUUGGGGGGAGGGGGGCGCCAAUCAUAAUCUGCCUCUUGAGAUGAGAGACAUUGUGUCCUGUUUCAGUGAAAGCUCUGUGAUUGUGUCACAGUCUGCUUGUACUAGCUACUCCCACAAUGCCUGCAUUUCCCCUGCUCUGAUCCCUUCCGUUAGGAAUGCCAUCACUUCUCUUUACCGAACCAUCCUGUCGUCGCAGAAGCAGCUCCUCAUCACUGUCACGUGGCUCCAGACGCAUGCGGGCCAUGCCCUCACCAUAUACUUCGGCACUGAUGGCAGCCCGGGCACCAACCCACCCGCCUCGUUCAAGCUCAACACCAGCUCCCUGUUCCUCCGCAAGAAGAAGGGCAGCAAGCCGGUUGAGUCACCUUCGCCCUCCAGCCCCCGCAUCGAGGUCUUCUGGGACCUAUCCAAUGCGAGGUUCGACGCGAGCCCUGAGCCGACCAACAGUUUCUAUGUGGUGGCGGUCAUUGACUCCGAAAUUGGGCUUAUCCUAGGGGACAUGUCCCAGGAGGCUGCUCUCAAGAGGUUUAAGGUCGGGGCGGCUGGCGGGAAGUUCAGCCUGAUCUCGAGGCGGGAGCACUGCUCGGGCAACACGAUCUACUCCACUCGGGCACGGUUCGGCGGGGUCGGGCCGGUGCACGAUAUUGUGGUACGGUUCGUCGGGGAGAACGAGGGACUUAAGCACCCGGCCCUGCUGGUGUACGUGGACAGGAAGGUCGAGAUGCGGGUGAAGAGGCUGAUGUGGAAUUUCAGGGGCAACCAGACGAUAUUCAUCGAUGGUUUGCUUGUUGAUCUAAUGUGGGACCUGCACGAUUGGUUCUUCAACAGCCCGGGUUCGGGUUAUGCAGUUUUCAUGUUCCGGACUAGGAGUGGGUUGGACAGCAGGUUGUGGCUGGAGGAGAAGUUGUUGCCACAGAAGGAUGAAGAAAACAACAGAGGAGAGUUCUCUCUAUUGAUUUAUGCAAGUAAGUAAAGGAAUUAAAAGAGAAAUUAGCCUUUCAUCUGAUUAUUAGGGCAUCAACUGAUAUCAUUAGUCUCUGCCUAACACGUCCAGAAAUUUGUUUUCCGGUUUUCAUAUUUUUUUUUCUAAUUGACUCUGUUCAAAUUUUUUUUUUUGAGUUCUGUUUUGAUUUCUUUUGGAAAGUUAAUACUCAUAUAUACCAUUGGAUGGCGUGACAUAUGGGAACUGAAACAAAGAUUGAAUAGAAAGCCAUAGAUCCUGGAGUUGCAACAACGAUUUUUAGAUCGAUGGGUGAUGAUUAAUUCGGUACAAGCUCUCUCCAUAUCGCCAGUCAUGUUGCCCACCUCAUUUACAUUACAUCUCAUCGAUGCGCGUAAAAGUUUUAAUUAUUUGAAAAGGAGUGUUGAAUACAUGUAACAUGCAUGCACUCUCGGCCUGAAAUCAAGAGGUUCAUAUAAUUCGAUUCCGUCAAUGAGACUAUCUUUAAUUGCCCUUCGAGUCAAAAGUAUUACAUGAGUGAAAACCACUGCAUAGACUUAGUUAGUUAGCAUGCCUAGCAAUUUAUGACUCCCUAAGCUAAUUAAUUAUAUUGAUUUGUCCCUCAAUUAUGUAGAGGGAAAGGAGCCAAUGUGAGAGCUUCAAUUGUGAAGUCUAGCAAUAUACCAAUAGGAAAUAAUCAAAUCAAUUUCCCUUAGAAAAAUUUGGGAAAAGAUUUGGUGCUAAAAACCUUGGGAGAUGGCAUAUAAAAGCUGAGGAUAUUCUGAUAGUGAUGCACAUUAUAGUUCUUGACCAUCAUUAUCUAAAUCUCGUCUCUUUUAUUGUUUUCUCGACAACUUCAGUUUAUGAGUUAACCUAAAAUGUCAAAAAGAGGAGAAAUGAUAAAAAACAAAAACAAAAACAAAAA